AUGAGCUCUACCAACAGCGCCGCGUUUCGCGUCCUAGACACCGCCGAACUACUCGAGAAGAUCCUCCUGUGCCUGGGAGAGGGCACCGAGGAUGACGGGCCCGUGAAGCAGCUUUUCACCCUCCAACGCGUCGACAAGACCUUCCGCAACAGCAUCCAAGCCUCCAGCAAGCUGCGCCGCCUCAUGUGCCUAGAAUUGGAGCCCACCGCCUCUGAUCUCGGCAAGAGAGCUCCACUGCGCUGGCUGCUGCGCAACCUCGGCCACCGCUUCAACACCAUGGACCGUUACCGCGCCGUCAUCAACAAAUUCCACGUCACCCGGCAGCUCGACGGCCCCGUCGUCGACUUCUACAACAAAUACGACAGUCUCGAAGCUUCCUGGCACAACAUCAAGAUCUCCGCGCAGGAGAUCCGCUUCAAAGUCUUCUACUACGCGGGCCCCCUGAGAGAGCACUCAGGGGGUGUCGCCGUCCAGCUCAACUUCGAAGACGGAACGACUCUAGGCAAGGCUUGGGAGAUGUAUCGCGAGAACUUGAUCUUGCACCAGAAGCGCUUGGAGAGGAAGGUCGGAGGGGAUUUCUUUUGGGUUGAAGAGGCGAGAAAGAAGGGGCGUGGCCGUAAGAAGUAG